GAUUAAAAAAUGCAGUAAAAAGUUGAAAUUAAUAGUGGAAAUUAUAUACAAAUGGCGAUCCAAAAGCCCGGCGAGUGGGCGAACUCGCUUUUGGCCCGUUUUGAAGACCAGCUUCUUAAUAAAAUUGGGCCACAUAGCACACAAGCGCGCAUCAGCCAAGAUCAGUUGAGCGCUUGUCUCAUACAUAUUUCUCGUUAUCGCUUCUCACUGGUUAUAUCCGGGCUCACGAAAAUGUUGCAACGUGUUAACGAAACGUCCUUCCAAAAUCGUCACGACUCCGAACGUUGUUAUGUCGAAUCGCUUGUUAUCAUACUCACCACCCUCGAGCGCUGCUUAGCCAAUCAGACCAAAGAUACUGCACGCUUUGAGGAGGCAAUGAAUGUAAAAUUAUUGCUACGCGAAAUUUCACAAUUUAUCGAUGUGCAGAGUGACAACAAUCCGAAUGCAGCACAACUGAAAGCCAUCGCCUCGAAGGUGCUUUUCGCGCUCUCACAAAAUCAUUUCUCGGCAGUAUUCAAUCGUAUUUCGGCGCGCAUACAAGAGUUGACCACAUGUUCGGACGAGAAUCCGGACUAUUGUGACAUUGAAUUGAUACAACACAUCGAUAUGGACAUAAAUAAACUGACGAAACUUCUGCAAGAAUUUCUUUUCCACGAAACAGUGUCCAAGUCAAGGUCGAAGAAAGCACCACCACUCAUAUUGCUGCACUCAUUGGAGAAGGCCAUUUGGAAUUGGAUCGAAUAUCAUCCACAUGAGUUUCAAGAUCUGCAACGUGGCAUCACGACCAAGGAAAUAUCUGGUUGUUGGGAAGCUUUGUUGGAAUUCGUGGAGGCGUACAAAUUAGAGAAUAAGAAGAAUAAAACCACUGUAUGGCCACUGCAAAUGCUGUUGCUCAUAUUAAAUCCUAGCUGUUUAGAAGCCACCGUCAAUGAAUUACAACAAUCCGAAAAGGAGAAGGACAAAGAAAAAUACAAAGAUAAAGAUAAAUCAUCAUCUACGCAACCAUCAGCCCAAGCGACACGUGAUAAAGAGCAAUCAGCCAAGCAGUUCAUUGAAGGUGUUAAGCGCGGCUUGGGCCCACAUUCGCCCUCAAAACAAGUGACUGAAUAUGCCGCCAUUGCUUGCGUGAAGCUGUGCAAAGCUUCAACCUAUGUGAAUAUCAACGAUUCGAAUAAUGUGAUCUUUAAGCUUGUGCAGUAUGUUAUUAAUGAUUUAAAAGCAUUACUCUUCAAUCCGGUAAAACCGUUUUCGCGCGGACAAGCAUACAAUUAUGCCGAUAUCGAGUUGAUGAUCGAUUGCUGGGUUUCCUUGUUUCGCAUUAACCCACAUAAUAUUGACACACUGAAAGUGUGCCUGAAUCUUUCGUCACCGCAAGCAUAUCACUUUGUCAUCGUGUGCUCUUUGUUGCGAUUGACGCACAUCCAUGUGGACUUUCGGCUGCAGAACAAAAAUCCUUUUCGUACUAUUAAUCAACCUUUGCUCCCCUGGUGGCCUGAAACGAAUGUGGUGCAUUAUCGGUCGGCAGAGUUGCGUGCACUCUUCACCGACACACUGAAUAAGGCCACACAGGGCUACAUCGCCCACACGCCCUUGCGUAUGAUUACUUCGUUAACGCUGAAAUCAAAAGAUACACAAAAAGGCUUAGCACGCUCUGAAGAGGGACCUGCACACAAAAUGCUGCUGCUGCUCAUGGUUCGACUUAUACAUGCCGAUCCGACGCUGCUAUUGAAUACCCAAGGCAAAGUGGCACAUGAAAUGCAAAGCUCCUCGCUCGAACUCAUCAAUGGUCUUGUGAGUCUCGUACACCAACCCACCAUGCCCGAUGUAGCUCAGGAAGCUAUGGAGGCGCUCCUCGCUUUGCACUCUUUCGACAAAAUCGAACUGUGGAAUCCGCAAGCGCCAAUGAAUUGCUUUUGGGAUGUCAGCUCGCAAGUGCUUUUCUCCAUUUCGCAAAAGCUUAUCCAGCAUCAGAUCGCCAACUACACGGACGUGCUGAAAUGGAUGCGUGAGAUAUUAAUUUGUCGCAAUUCCUAUCUGCAGCGACACAAAAAGUAUGCGCUGGUCGGUCAUGAGUUGCAGAUUUGUCGGCAGGCGCGCAUCAAAUUGGAAGUGGUGUUUUUUAUGUACCUGUGGUCGGUGGAUUUGGAUGCUGUUCUGACGUCACUUUCCUGCUUUGGCUUGCUGUGCCAGGAGUCGGAUAUUCUGCUGACAGCAGAUGAUGCGGCGACUGUUUUGCCCGUCGCCAAUUAUCAAAUUUAUCAGGAUCUGACGCAGUUGGCAAACUCGGCAGCUGAUACACGUAUCUGCUUCUACGAAACUAAUGGAAAUGCAUUUAGCCGCCUUACUCUACAACGACGCAUGAUGAAUUUGCUGCGGAAAAUCGAGCACUGUGUGGAUGGAGUGCAAACUGCGUGGGAGGAGACCUUCAGAAACUGGGAGAUCACCAGCAAAGUGCUGCAAACGUAUCCCAAAUGUAAAACAGACGAUGCUCAAGCUGAGCUCUUCCAUCGCGGUGUGGGCAAACGUCGCGCAAGCCAUCAAAGCUCGGAGCAUGAUUUGGAGGAGCACAUCACCGAAUGGGCUAACAUGACUUGGUUCCUACUAACGCUUGGCGGUGUUUGUCUGCAGAAGCGUUUGGCAGCGCGUUGGAAGCAAAUGCAACAGCAAAAUAAUGCCGCAACUGCUGGCUCAAGUAGCGGCUUACCUGGUGGUCCGGGCAAUCUCCUACAAGCGCACAACAACUUGGCACAGUCGCAGAGCACUUUAGCGGCAUCGGGCAGCAUGAGUUCUAUCUCCUCGAUACCAGCUGUCUCACUCUACUCGCUCUACUCAUGCUCCACCAGUUCCGGGCGUGGCUCACUACUGCAUCCAAGUACUAUUUCAUUGUCUACAAUAGUGCCAGCGCCUCAACAAGAUUUGCAAUACUGCCCGGUGACACAAUUCAUUGGUCAACUGUUACGUUUGUUAGUGUGUAACAAUGAGAAAAUCGGAUUGAAUAUACAGAAAAAUGUGAAAGAGUUGAUUGGUGAGGAAAUGACCCCACAACUUUAUCCAAUACUCUUCGAUCAGAUACGUUCAAUCGUCGAGAAGUUUUUCGAUCAACAGGGACAGGUGAACGUCACCGAAAUCAAUACUUUAUUCAUCGAAAAUGUUAUUUAUAUCAUGAAAUCCAUAUUGGAUCCCAAAUCUGCCAAAGAUCCGAACAACGAACAAGCAGCAACUUCAGAGUACCUGAGCGUGACGAGCAUCGAAGGCAUGAUGCUGGGCAUUGUGCGCUAUGUGCGUCAUCUGGAUAUGACCGUUUUUGCGAUACGCACCAAGACGAAACUGUGCACGUUGGUAGAGGUAAUGAUGAAACGGCGUGACGAUUUGGCAUUCCGGCAGGAAAUGAAAUUUCGCAAUAAAUUGGUGGAGUACUUGACAGAUUGGGUUAUGGGCACCACACAUCAAAUAGCACCCUCGACCUCAGCCGAUCCGGCGUCUACAAACACCUCUACAAUAUUCCGUGACCUAGAUCAAGCCUGUAUGGAAGCUGUAGCGGCUUUGCUACGCGGUCUGCCACUGCAACCAGAGGAGUCCGAUCGCGGUGAUUUGAUGGAUGCCAAGAGCGCGCUAUUUCUCAAAUACUUUACACUUUUCAUGAACCUCCUAAACGAUUGCAUUGAUAGCUCCGAGGCCGAGAAGGAGCUGAACAAUCCACCACUACUCCCACCGCGUCCACCCGUAGCCGGUGGCAAACUUACUGCUUUGCGCAAUUCUACCAUACAAGCCAUGUCCAAUUUGCUGGGUGCCAAUAUAGACUCGGGUCUUAUGCAUUCCAUUGAUUUGGGUUACAAUCCGGAUUUACAAACGCGUGCCGCAUUCAUGGAGGUGCUCACACAGAUCUUGCAACAGGGCACUGAGUUCGAUACGCUCGCCGAAACGGUAUUAGCUGAUCGCUUUGAGCAGCUAGUGCAGCUGGUUACAAUGAUAAGCGAUAAGGGUGAGCUGCCUAUUGCUAUGGCGCUGGCUAAUGUGGUAACCACUUCGCAAAUGGAUGAGUUAGCACGUGUGCUGGUCACACUGUUCGAUGCCAAGCAUUUGCUGUCGCCACUGCUGUGGAACAUGUUCUAUCGCGAAGUGGAGAUAUCCGAAUGCAUGUCGACCCUGUUUCGUGGCAAUUCGCUUGGCAGUAAAAUAAUGGCAUUCUGCUUUAAAAUUUACGGUGCGAGUUACUUACAAAAUUUGUUGGAGCCGUUAAUACGGCCAUUGCUCGAUGACCCGAAUACCAGCUAUGAAGUGGAUCCGGCGCGACUUGAGCCCGGCGAAGAUUUGGAGCGCAAUAAAGAGAAUCUAAUGACAUUAACCAAACGUUUCUUUGAAGCAAUACUGAAUUCAGUUGAUCGUUUUCCCUCUCAGUUGCGUUCUAUGUGCCACUGCCUCUAUCAGGUACUAAGCAAACGUUUUCCUACUGUGCUGCAAACCAAUAUCGGCGCGGUGGGUACUGUAAUCUUUCUGCGUUUCAUUAAUCCAGCAAUUGUUUCACCACAAGAACUCGGCAUUGUUGGACGCCAAGUGCCCGCUUCGGUAAAGCGCGGUCUUAUGUUGAUGUCGAAAAUAUUGCAAAAUAUUGCUAAUCAUGUGGAAUUCUCUAAAGAACAACACAUGGUUUCGUUCAACGAUUUUCUACGCACACGCUUUGAACAGGGACGCCACUUUUUCGUGCAAAUCGCUUCAGAUUGCGAGACGGUGGAUCAGACCUCUCAUAGCAUGAGUUUUAUCUCAGAUGCCAAUGUGUUGGCGCUACAUCGUCUGCUAUGGACGCAUCAGGAGCGCAUUGGUGACUACUUAUCCAGUAGUCGUGAUCACAAGGCGGUAGGCAGACGCCCGUUCGAUAAGAUGGCUACAUUGCUUGCUUAUCUGGGGCCGCCAGAGCAUAAGCCCGUGGACUCGCACAUGAUGUUCUCAUCAUAUGCACGCUGGAGCUCCAUUGACAUGUCAUCCACGAACUUCGAAGAAAUCAUGGUGAAGCAUCAAAUGCACGAAAAGGAAGAAUUUAAAACUUUGAAAUCAAUGAAUAUCUUCUAUCAAGCGGGCACAAGCAAAUCUGGAUAUCCAGUAUUUUACUACAUUGCAAGGCGUUACAAAAUUGGCGAAACCAAUGGUGAUCUGCUCAUCUAUCAUGUCAUUCUUACGCUCAAACCAUUUUGCCACUCGCCAUUUGAAGUGGUCAUCGAUUUCACCCACACCUGUUCGGAUAAUCGCUUUCGUACAGAGUUUCUGCAGAAAUGGUUUUAUGUGCUACCAGCAGUUGCUUACGAAAACGUUUUUGCUGUUUAUAUUUACAAUUGCAAUUCGUGGGUGCGCGAAUAUACCAAAUUUCACGAUCGCAUACUAGCUCCGUUAAAGGGCAACCGGAAACUAGUGUUCCUAGACUCACCGAACAAACUGAAUGAAUUCAUCGAUACCGAACAACAGAAACUGCCAGGUGCCACACUGUCACUGGAUGAAGACUUAAAGGUUUUCAGUAAUGCACUCAAAUUGAGUCACAAAGAUACGAAAGUCGCCAUAAAAGUCGGCCCAACUGCUUUGCAAAUUACUUCAGCCGAGAAAACCAAAGUAUUGGCGCAUUCAGUGCUACUCAACGAUGUCUAUUAUGCCUCGGAAAUUGAGGAAGUUUGUUUGGUGGACGAUAAUCAAUUUACGCUGUCCAUUACCAACGAAAGCGGCCAGCUAAGUUUCAUACACAACGAUUGUGACAACAUUGUACAGGCCAUAAUACAUAUACGAAAUCGCUGGGAGUUAAGUCAACCCGACUCGGUGACGGUGCAUCAGAAAAUACGCCCCAAGGAUGUGCCAGGCACACUACUCAAUAUGGCAUUACUUAAUCUUGGUUCCUCUGAUCCGAAUUUGCGUACAGCUGCUUACAAUUUACUAUGUGCGCUUACCGCGUCCUUCGAUCUGAAAAUCGAAGGGCAGCUGCUGGAAACGCAAGGCCUAUGCAUACCCUCAAAUAAUACUAUUUUCAUCAAGUCUGUCAGUGAGAAAUUGGCCACCAAUGAGCCACAUUUGACACUCGAGUUUCUUGAGGAGUGUAUACAAGGUUUUCAGCGUAGCACAAUUGAGUUGAAGCAUUUAUGUUUGGAAUAUAUGACGCCAUGGUUGAAGAAUCUAGUGAAAUUCUGUAAAUCCAACGAUGACGCCAAGAAAUUAAAAGUGUCGCAGAUUUUAGAUAAACUGAUUUGUGUCACCAUUGAACAGAAGGAAAUGUAUCCUUCGGUGCAGGCAAAGAUUUGGGGUUCCAUUGGGCAAAUACCCGAGCUCAUCGAUAUGGUGCUCGAUAACUUCCUCCACAAAUCCAUCACUUAUGGCUUGGGUUCGCCCCAAGUGGAAAUUAUGGCUGACACAGCGGUGGCGUUGGCUUCGGCCAAUGUGCUGUUGGUCUCGAAGAAGAUAAUAACGCGCAUGUGCCGCGUUAUGGAUAAGACUUGUACGAAUCCAACACAGUACCUGGAACAGCACAUGAUGUGGGAUGAUAUCGCCAUACUCGCGCGCUACUUACUCAUGUUGUCGUUCAACAAUUGUCUCGACGUUGCCACACAUCUGCCAUAUCUAUUUCAUAUUAUCACCUUUUUGGUGUGCUCCGGUUCGGUGUCAAUGCGCGCCUCCACCCACGGUCUCGUUAUCAACAUCAUUCAUUCACUGUGUACCUGCACUAAACCGUCUUUCUCUGAGGAAGCGCAACGUGUGCUUCGGCUCUCGCUUGAUGAAUUCUCUCUAUCCAAGUUCUAUUUACUCUUCGGUAUAAGCAAAGUAAAGUCGGCCGCUGUGACUGCCUUCCGUUCCAGUUGCCGUCACCCAUCGGACAAAUGGUUGGGCAAUGAGCGUGUAUCUCAACCGUUACCAGCUGAUCGUGAGCGUCUUUCUCUGCCUUCACUCGAAGUGAUCGCCGAUGCGUUGCUGGAAAUAAUGGAGGCCUGCAUGCGCGAUGUGCCAGACAGCCAAUGGCUGCAGACGUGGACAUCGUUGUCGCGCAGUUUUGCUUUCUGCUACAAUCCAGCACUGCAGCCGCGCGCGCUCAUAGUUUACGGUUGUAUUAGCAAGAGUGUUACCGAUCAGGAAGUGAAGCAAUUGUUGCGCAUACUAGUAAAGGCGUUGGAGUCAUUCAGCGACAUAAUACUUAUUGAGGCAUUGGUGAUGUGCUUGACACGCAUACAACCGCUACUGAGACCUGAAUCGCCCAUACAUCGCGCCUUGUUCUGGGUCGCAAUAUCCGUAUUGCAGCUGGACGAAGUGGCAUUGUAUGGCGCCGGUCUUGCGUUGCUCGAACAAAAUCUGCAUACACUUAAGUCGCAGGGUUGCUUCGAGCACGAUGGCAUUGCCGAUGUUAUGAUGAAUACACGCGAGAAAUUGGAAUGGCAUUUUAAACAAUUGGAUCAUGCGGUUGGCCUGUCAUUUCGCAGCAACUUCCAUUUUGCGCUAGUCGGUCAUUUACUUAAAGGGUUCCGUCAUCCCACGCCAACAACCGUGUCACGCACCUCGCGCGUGCUCACCAUGCUGUUGGGCAUUGUCGCCAAACCUUUGCGUCGUGAUAAAUUUGAAGUGACACCGGAUAGCGUUGCCUAUUUGACGGCGUUGGUGGCUGUUUCGGAGGAGGUGCGCUCACGCUGCCACGUCAAGCACGCCAUACCACGCUGGCCCGCCGAUCUGAGCAUUAUGGAAAAUGGCGAAACGGCCUUAAAUGGCAAUCAGAAUACACUUGGCAUGCCGCUAUCACGUCGUCAAAAGUCAUGGGACAUUCUUGAUCAGUCUGCUUUGCAAUUCGCUCGCCAUCAUAAAGGGCCAACACAUCAGAAUGCCAAGGUUUUGUUUAAGACACAACGCUCGUUUUCGGUGCCGACCACAAAAGAACCGAAUAACUCGAGCGCUAUCGAAGAACGUCAGGAACGUGGUUCACGUUCAUCCGUCUCCAAUGAGUCGAAUGUGCUACUGGAUCCUGAAGUACUCUCCGAUUUGUCCACACAAGCAUUAGUGCUGACCGUUUUGGCCACAUUGGUGAAAUAUUCGACGGAUGAGAAUGAGACGCGCGUGCUCUAUCAGUACCUGGCCGAAGGUUCGGUGGUGUUCCCCAAGGUCUUUCCAGUUAUCCAUUCCUUGCUGGAUCAAAAGAUCAACAAUAUUCUCUCGGUCUCACACGAUCAAGUCGUUUUGAAUUCAGUACAAAGCAUCAUACAAAAUAUGCUUGCUAGCGAGGAUCCUUCACAGCAGCAGCUGCAUUUCUUGCAAAGCUGCGGUUUUGGUGGACUCUGGCGUUUUGCAGGACCCUUUACGAAGUACAUUAUGAUGGGUGAAUCAUCUGAACUAUUCGUCAACUGCUUGGAGGCUAUGGUUGAGACAUGUCUACCGGGUGACGAGACAGUGCCCGUGCCACCAUCACCGCGUCCAUACAAUUUGAGUUCGAGCCUGAGCAGCCUGACUUUGGGGUCACCAACAGAUAAAGCGGCAUGAAUAACAACCAGCCAACGUCAACGGGGCAGACGUACCACACUAUUUGAACGUGUAUUUCGUUUUCUAAAUUUUUUCAAAAAAUGUUUUUAAAACAUUAAGAAUUGUGAGAAGAAUUAUGACAAGAAAAAGGAAAAACCUUCGAAAUUUUCUAUGCAAGCAGAUGGGAAAAAGCUAACUAAGCGGAUGGAAAAACGGUAAGAGUUAAGUGACAUUAAGUAUAACUUCUGAACGAAGAAUGUGCCAAGAAAUCGAAAUACAUGCAAGAACAUACACACAAACAUAUAUAAGGAAUUGUGUGUGUGUGUGUGUGUGUGUGACUGAUUACCAGUUUAAAUACAGGAUAUGUAUUAGUUAGAAGGAUAUGCAUGUAAAUGUAAGGAUAUAAAACACCAGCAAACAAAGAAACUAAACAACCAGCCACCAGCAUCGAAUUUAGCUGUAAUAUCACAACAAAAGUAAAAGUAAAACAAAAGCAAAGGAACACUAAAAUAUAAGA